CCAAUUGGCCCGAUCAUAACUGGGUACGUUGUUUUACUUUUCCCUUCCCACUUCUUCGGUUCCCAAACUGUGCACUCUCUCAAUUACUCACCCAAUCACCACAACCCCAUCACUCUCCAAAUCAGCCUGAAUCAUACAAACGUGGUUCAGGGUCGGUCGCUUUAAUUAUUGAAGAUCGAACCCAGCUAGCUAAACUUCGCACUCACGAUGGUUCGGAAACGAUUCCAAGAAGCCAAAACAGGGCUUGAAUUGGUUAAAUCUUUCAAUUACGAUAAGUACCUGAGGAAGAUAGGGUUUGGAAAAGAAGAUUACCACUUCUGGAAACAAGUAGGCAAGGGAUUGCUAUGCACAUACGCGCUGUUUGGCGCUGCCUGGCUGUACAAUGAAACCUCACCACUUGGUUGGUGGACACUGAAGCCAAGACCCAAGGAAGAGAAAGAGUUGGCUCACCUCUAUGAACGACGGCAGUUUCCUUAUCCUGGCGACGAGGAGGCGAUGAAGGAGUUCAUUGAGAAAGGUGGAAUGAUCGGCACUACUAUAGGACCAAAAGGGAUCAUUGAAUCCGAUAAAGACUCCUACAAUUAUCAGAAGAAGUUGCAGGACAAGAAGUUCGAACAAGAAUCUUUCAAGAUGUGGAUGAGGAUGAGGAAUGAAGUUGUUUCAGAGCUCCAAGAGAAAGGGUUUGAUGUUGAGUGAUGGUUACAGUGAUUUCUUUUAUAAGGUGAAGCAUUUGAUGAUUGUUGUGCCAUGUUUUCAGUCUUCAGAGGUGUAUAUCAGCUUUGAGCCUUUUGUUUGAUCCAAUGUGUGGACUGUGGACUCACAUUUGGGUGGAAUAUGUUGAUGGAUAUGAAACAUGUGUAUUUUGGUUUGUAUGUUUUUAAGGAUGUGGUUCCAAGUGCAUCAAUGAUUCAUGUAAUCAAAUUAGAUAAAUUUGAACCGUACUUGCAUUUAUCUUCUUA